GCGAUGUCGCGCAUGCGCCGCCCCGCUACACCGAGGUAAGCCAAGCCUGGAGGAUCCUGUUUGUAUGAUCCAGUCAGUCGGAGAGAAAGCAGAAACGUCUAGCUGGAAUCAUCAUUGCGUAACAGACCGAGUGAUAGGAUACGCCGUUUUAGCCCGUAUCAUUGUAUCCGUACACCACGAUAUCACCUGAGGAGGCGAAACGAGCCCGGUAGCAACUGGGGAAGCAAAAGGAAAGAGUGGAAUUGAGCACCGCUUUUGUAGAACUAUAUUGGCUCAUCAGGUCCGAGGAGGAUGAGGCUGCUGAGGAGCAGUAGACGGGGCUUAGCGGCGGACGGGGAUGGCAAAAAGGAGCUGGCCCCCCCAUUCAGGAACCCCUUUGUGCAUGAGCUACGCUUCACGUCGCUGCAGAAAGCGAAGAUUGCACUAAUGACAGUCACCCUGUUUCCAAUCCGGCUGUUCUUCGCUGCCUUCAUGAUGCUCCUUGCUUGGCCAUUUGCUUUCCUUGCUUCCAUGGGACGCUCAGACAGUGGUAUGGAGGAGCCGCUUUCCUGGUGGAGAAAAGUCUUGGAUAUUCUGCUGAAAGUAAUAAUGCGGACAAUGUGGUUUGCGGGUGGCUUCCAUUGGAUCACAGUGAAAGGACAGCAGGCUUUACCUACAGAGGCUUCAAUCUUGACUCUUGCACCACAUUCCUCAUAUUUUGAUGCCAUUCCUGUCACUAUGACCAUGGCCUCCAUUGUGAUGAAGGCUGAAAGUAAGGACAUUCCAGUCUGGGGAACUCUGAUCAAGUAUAUUCGACCAGUGUUUGUUUCACGUUCUGAUCAAGAUUCUCGCAAGAAAACUGUGGAAGAGAUUAAAAGACGAGCCCAUUCUAAAGGGAAAUGGCCUCAGAUAAUGAUAUUCCCUGAGGGAACUUGCACUAACAGAUCUUGUCUGAUCACAUUUAAGGCUGGUGCAUUUAUUCCUGCAGUUCCCGUGCAGCCUGUGGUAUUGCGAUAUCCUAACAAAUUGGACACAAUCACUUGGACAUGGCAAGGUCCUGGAGCGUUCGAUAUUUUGUGGCUAACUUUAUGUCAGCUGCACAAUGUAGUAGAAAUUGAGUUUCUCCCUGUUUAUACACCAUCUGAAGAAGAAAAGAAAAAUCCAGCUAUCUUUGCAAAUAAUGUAAGGCGCAUUAUGGCAAAGGCUUUGGAUGUUCCAGUUACAGAUUACUCAUUUGAAGACUGUCAACUUGCAAUGGCUGAAGGCCAACUUAAACUUCCAGCAGACACAUGCCUUUUGGAGUUCGCUAAACUAGUAAGAAGACUAGGACUUAAGCCAGAGAAGCUUGAGAAAAAUCUUCAUGAGUAUGGCGAAAAAGCCCAAAAGACAAUUGGGAAAAGAUUAAAUAUGGAAGAAUUUUCUGCACAUUUGAACAUUACGAACUGUGACACACUGAGUGACCUCUUCUCUCUCUUUGAUGAAAAUGAAGAUGGUACAGUUGACGUCAGAGAGUUUGUAAUUGCCUUAUCAGUAGUGUGCAGGCCAUCUAAAACUCUUAAAACAAUUAAACUUGCCUUCAAGAUGUAUGAAUCACCAGAAGACAAAACCAUUUCAGAAGCAAGUUUAGCCUGCAUUCUUAAGACAGCCUUGGGGGUAUCAGAACUGAAUGUAACAGAUCUGUUUAGGGCUAUUGAUGUUGAGGAGAAAGGAAAAAUUACAUUUGAUGAUUUCAACAGCUUUGCAGAGCACCAUCCUGGCUUUGCAGAGGAGUACAUCUAUCCAGACCAGGCAGGCUUUGAAAGUUGUGCAGAGACUCCAUCAGCUUCAGUUGCUAAUGGGUUUUGUACAGACUUCAGCCCUGAAGAUCAAGAUGAAGAAGAAACGGGCCCUCUAAUGAAGAAAUUCAACUGAAUAAUUAAGGAAGAUUUGAAAGAAAAAAAAUGCAUUGUCAUCUCUCCUGGUGAGAGAAUAUAGUUGUGGUCAAGGGUGUGCUAAUGGGUUAGUCAGACAUUAAUGGGACUGAAUUUAUUCUGUGAAAAAGUUACUUCCCUUCCUCUUUAAUUUUUCUCCACUUUUCCAAAAUUUUCUUUUUCCCCAUGCUUGGAAAAUUAUUUUUUUACCCUCGCGUACUUUUUUGAAAGUUAAUUUUGUCUUCUCUCAUAAAGGGUUAUGUGAAGUAAAGCCAAGCACUUGUUAUUUUUUUUUUAAUCUGAUUUUUUUUCCUGAAUGGUGUAACAUACCAAUUUGCAUGUUUAUUAAAAAAUCUGAUGGAAAGUAAGUGAUAAACCUUGUUGUGUUUAGUGUACCUUGUUAGUGACAGUGUUGUAUUCUUUUAGUGACUUUUAUAAUUUUGGACUAAGUAAAAUUUUUAAGUUGAAAAAAUGGGAAAGAGUGUUUGCAUAUAACAGUUUUAGGCUGUUAAGAGAAGCAUCUGACUGGAUGGCCUUUUAGCACACAUGGCAAACUGAGCACAUGGUGGUUGUUAUUACUGUUAAUAUAGAACUGAGCAGUUAACCACAGAAUGUCAGAUACCCAUAGCAUGCAAUCUGGUAAAGAUGAUUUGUGGGUAAUCAAAAUGAGCCAGUUUAAAAUGAAGCUCAGGGUAUAGGAUGAAGUGAAAGAAUUCAUUGAUAAUAAGUAAUCAAAAGGGCACAAAGAGUCAAGAGGGACAAAUAAGCAUUUGUCGUAAUGCCCAAACAUGUUUUUGCAUAUGUAUAUGUGCAUGUACCAGCUUUUCCAGGAAGUAUCAGCUUUUUGGCUAAAACCUACUGGAAGUGGACCAAAAAUAUCUCUUUUAUGGGUUGUAUAACUGAAUUAUUUUUCCCAGAGCCAGGCAAAAUGUGCUGGCAGCGUAUAUGUAAGAAUUUAGUAGGUUUUAUUUUUCUGCAUUGCCUGGUAGAUUUCUCGUUGGGUGACGCUUGUAGUGUAUGCAAGUAUGUGAGCUACUUUAUGAUGAGAUUUAAAAAAACAACUCGCAGAGUGUGAGGUAUGAAGAUGUCCUGACAGCAUGACAUCUGUUAGUAAAUGUUUGUUUCUCCAUUCCUUUUGCCUUACACUUAGUUGUUUUUCAGAUGUGCACACAGUCCCCGUUUUCCAAAGUAUAGUGUGCCAGCUAUUGGUUGCUUCUUUUCUUGCCUGAUAGGUUUAAUUUAUAAAAAGCACUAUGUGAAAUGUUCUUUUCUUUGCUCUUGGUGUAAUGAGUAUGCAACAAAAAGACAACCAAAUAAUCCAAGAAAAAAAAAUUUAUAAAAUGUGAACCUGGUUUUAAUUACACCAAAAAUCACAUAAGAAUUUAAAAUAGUAGGUUAUUUAUUUGAGUCCUGCACCCCGUAUCCACUUAAAACAAAGUCUAGACCAUUUACUAGAGCCUUUCUCAAAAUUAUGAAAUGGGAUGGCUUAGUGAAUGGUACAUUUUAUUAAAGGGGCCCAAAAAACACACACAGUAUAUGUGUGUGUGUGUGAAUCUUGCAGAUAUACUCUGCAUAAUAGUCUGCAGUCAGGUGUUUAUUUUAUUUAUUUAUUAGUAGCCAUGCCUGAGGUGUUCACCUCAAAAAGUUGGUUUAUUUAUCUUUCUAAAUUAAAAGUGUAAGUUAAAUUACCACCUGUAUUUUCAAUUCUGUCAGUCUUAGCAGGUGGCUGCUUUAAUGCUAUCUCAUAGCAAACUAACAAUGUACAGUAGUUACAGAAACUGUUCUAAGGCUUUUAAAACUAUAUUUUUAAACUAUGCAGCAGCACAGAUUUAGAUCACAUUGAAAGUCAAGUUCACAGUUUCAGGAAUUUAAUCAUGUGAAAAAUGAACAUAAACACAUGGAUGUUUUGGCACUCCCAUAGAUGGUAGAGAGAGCAUUUGUCUUUGUGUUAAUCAAAUCUGGGCAUUACAGACCCAUAACACAGCAGUGCAGGUUAAUCAUGCCAAGUAUGGGUUAAAAGAAUUAUGUAUUGUAGCUAAGAAUAAUUAAAGAUAAUUUGAAAAAAAGAUUUCGAAAUUAUCAAAAUUAGUGAAUGUAGAUUCAUUUAUAAUAUGAAUACAGAGUGAUCAGAUGAUGUCAUAUACUAUGUGUCUUAAGAGUGUGUAAUUUCAUCUAUUCAUCGAUGUUCUUUGAGCAAUUUCUUAUCUCACUUUGCAGUUUCUCUGUAUUCCUGGUAACGCACAUUGUGCAAAUAAAACAGUGAUACAUAACAUUUUAGCACCAUUUUGAUGAUGAUAAACUUAAAAAUCAGGUUUUCUCUCAGUAAAUUAUUUGUAACAGCAGAGCUGUAUAUACUGAGAGCUGCUAGCUCUCUCGUUUUCUGUUUAUAUAUACAGAUAUAUAAAUAGCUUUAGUUUAUGAAGUAUUAUUUCAUCUACUCCUCUUAUUGUGCACAUUUGUUAAUUCCAGUUUCUUCAUCCUCAUAUCAUAAAAGAACAGGUUUCUAAAUAAAUUACUUAAGUAGUACUAAAGGUUCUCCAUUUCCAUUUCUGCUGCACUAUACAACCAGCAGGUGCGUUUCAGAUACUUUCACAUUCCAGCAUUUCUAGAGUGCAGAGCUUUCUUUUAUAUUAGAUUUUUUCAGGCUUUUCGCUACUACUGUCUACAUAACAUAUAAACUAUGAUCAAAAAGCUCAAAGAUUUUUAUAGGUACUUUUGAGGUAGAAUGUCAUAGCAAGCAGAUGUGCAAAACGAGGACUGAUGUUUCCACCUUCCCUGAGACAAAAUUGUUCCAGUAGAAGUCACCAAUCUCGGCGUUUUCAAAAAAGGGAAGACUGUUUUCAUCAAAAAUUAUGUGUUUUUGACAUUCACAGCCUAAU